ACCAGCAUCUUCCCAGCACAAUUGUAUCACCAGCACUAGAUCAUACACCCCCAUUGUUACCCAUAUCACUUUCAACAUGGAAGACCCCACCUCCGAAAUCUCAACCAUAAUCCACCACCUCACGCAAUCCUCCCCACAAGAUCAGGAGCGCACGAUCCAGAAAUUCUUCACCCCGUCCGCGGCCUUCGUGCACCCGUUCUGCCGCGUAUGGAGCUACCCCGGUAGCCGGUGGUUCAUCGAGAAGGUGUACCAGUGGUAUAAGAUCAUGUCGCCUCGGAUUGAGCUGGAGGUGCAUUCUGUUGCAUUCGACAAACCCAGCCUAAAACUCUACCUAACAACCUCACAAAUCUUCUCCAUCUGGCUGGUCCCCUUCCACGUAGCGCCAGUGACGCUGACGACUGUGCUGGACCUAACGACCGACCCGGAGGACGGGCGGACGCCAGUGCAGGGAUCGGGGAAACGGUACUACAUCAAGAAGCAGGAGGACUUCUAUCAGCCGUCGGAGUUUAUUAAGUUCGUGAUGCCGUGGGGGAUUGGGCAGCUGCUGGUGCUGGCGUGGCAGACGUGGGCGACGUUGUUCUGUAUCCUCGGAUGUGCGGUGUUCUGGCCGUUGAUGUGGUUGGAGGAGAAGGGGGUGGUGCCUGGAAGGGUUUUGAAGAAGGGCAAUUUGGGCGGGGAUGUGGUUGGUUGGGAGAAGAAGCGGUUUCGGAUGAUGAAUGGGGUUAAGGAAGAGGAGAAUGGGGAUGGGGAUAGCGAGGGGGGGCAGAAGGAGUAAUUAUUGUAUCCUAAUGGGCGGUCCUACUAGCUAGGGUUGGUUUGGAGGGUGGGUGGUUUGUCACUGGAUGUGAUGUAAAUUGUUGAUGUUGGGGAUGGGAAGGGGACAAUCUGUGUCUGUCGGGUUGGCGUUUGGAUUACGUUUCUCUCGGAUUGCUCAGUGAGUAUACAUCCUUCGAGUAAUUAAUUUUGGUCUCUAUGAUAAGUACAAUGGAUUCUC